AUGAUGGCCUUCUCCAUUUCGGGUUUGCCGCGCCUCGACUCGGGGGCUCUGCCCGGGGCGGCAGGCCUCAAGGACGAGCAAUCUGGGAAGCGCGGGGGAAUUUCUUCUGUUUUUUCUGCGUUUCUCGCCCUCUUCUCCGCGUCCUCCUUUCCGCCGCGCCGAGGCGCGAUGCUUCGCGUGCAGCGCAUCCUGAUGUUUGCUGUCUUCUGGCUGCUGCUGCUGGCUGUGUUUUCGCCGUCGUCGCCAUGGCCGUCGCCGGCGUUUUCGUCGCUUCCCUUUGUCUUCUCGCCGUCAUUUCGCGUGCCCCAGGGCGGCUCACGGAUCCUGGCCUCGCUCCUCGCAGUCGAUGAGGGCGCCGGCUUCGCGGCGCCGCGCGCUCGGCAGGUGCUGAAGACGCUCUCGCGAGAUGACGCGGCGGCCUUCCUGCGCGGCGACGCCUCGCUCGGCGCCGGCGAUUCCCCCCCGCUCUCGUUCGCCUCGUGGGCGUGGCUGCCGGCGGGGAGUCUUCCUGGCAUUCAGUUCUCGGCGGCGAUCGAGCGCGACAAGUUCAAGCUGAGCUGCACGCAGGCCUCCUUCUGCCACCGCUAUCUGCACUGGGUAGAUCUGUUUGCGAAGAAGCUCCCGCGGGCGUCGGUCUCCGCGCCGCCGCUCUACGCCGUGGAUCCCAAGAGCCUGCCUCGCCCCACCUGGAAGAGGCGGGAGGAAGGAGGCUCGGCGCGCGCCGGCGGCGACCGGGGCGGCGACCAGGGCGACGACUCCGACCGCCAGGAGGGCGAGGAGGGCGGCGGGGGGCCGCACGCCGACGGCGGUCGCGGCGCGGACGAGACCCGCGGGUCUCGGGGCCAGGCCCCGGCGCAAGGCGUCGACGAGGGGACUCGGGGGGGCGACGGCCUGCGCCUGGAGGCGCGCCUCUACGUCUUUCGGCACGGCAUCGUGCGGCUGAAGAUGCGCGAAAAGCUGACCGCGCAGCAACUGGAGCGCGAGCGCGAGGGCGAGUUGAGCGCCCAGGAGCGUCGAGAGAAAGAGGCGAUGCAGCGGGAGCCGCAGGACGCGCACGCGCCCGUCUUUCGCCUGGAAGGACGCUACCGGCGCUACGACGGAUACACGGCGGACAUCCUGCUGCUUGAAGAAGAUCCCGCAGAGGGCACGGAGGAGGAAGCGAAAGUCUCGUACUCGGGCAACACGACGGUCGUUGAGUUCGUCGCGAACCCGCCAGCCUCCUCGCACGCGGACAUCCCCGCCUCCUUCUUCGAAUCGAAGCCUGCCGAGACCCGCACUGAGACGAAGUCUGAGAAGAAAGCCGACGAGGAGGGCAGCGGGAAGGCCCGCGGAAGCAGCUGCGGACCCGUGCCGGUCUUCUCGCCGUCGUUCAUGGCCUUCGGCGCAGACCGCGCGCCGGGGGCGGGGAAGGCCUCCGAGCCGGCGUCGCCCGCCUCGCCUGGUCCCGCCUCACCGUGUCCCGCCUCCUCGGGGUCCUCUUCUGCGGCCUCGCCGGCCUUCGACGCGCCGCUGGAAGGCCAGGGACUGCCGGUGCGCGUGGUGCUGCAGCACGCACCCUUUGCGCUGCGGAUCUACCUCCACAGCCAGCUGGUGCAGGAGGUGAAUGAGAAGCAGCUGCUCAACUGGGAGGCGUUUCUGCCGGUGCACGCGAAAACGCGUGCGGCGGCGGAGGCGGAGGGGCGCCAGCAGCUGGAGGAGCGCUUGCGGCGCGAGCCGGGCGAGAAGCUGCCAAAUGCGAUGGCGAACUCGACGUCGCAGGUGGAGCCCGCGCAGCAGGACGCGGAGGCAGCGCGCGUGGCAGAGCUCGCGAGCGCAGCGGGGGUCGACUUGACGGAGAAGCUCAAGGGCCUGCGCGGCAUCGAGUGGCGCAUCGGCGAACCGCUCGGCGACGACUUGGACGAAGAACGCGAAGUGGUCAACGACAUCAUCGUGCCGCUUCUGCACGCCGGCAGCAUCCACGACGCCGUGGAUCUCUACCGACAGGGAGCCAACGAAGAAGCGUUUGACCGCUUCCUCGACAGCAAACCCUUCGGCCCCACAGCCAUCGGCGUCGACGUGACCUUCUGGGGGGCUAGCCAAGUCUACGGGCUCUUUGAGCACGCCGCCCCCUUCCCGCUCAAAAGCUACACCGAGCCCUACCGGAUGUAUAACUUGGAUGUCUUCAACUACGAACUCGACAGCCCGUUCAGCACCUACGGCAGCAUGCCCUUCAUGAUAGCCCUCCACACCGCGCAGGGCGGCGGCGCGCCGCGCGCUGCGCCGCCGCGGCGGACGACGACGCAUCUCGGCGACGACUUGUCUGAGAACGUCGCUUCCUCGCGCCGGCGCAGCAGCGUGAGCAGCGCGGGCUCCUUCUUCGAGGGCGACGAAAGCAGCCGACCUGGCGCCGCGCUGGCAACCGGAUUCCUCUUCCUCAACCCCACCGAGAUGUGGACGAAGAUCCGCUACGACCGCGGCGGAGAAGACCUCCCCGAGAGCUACGCGGGCCUGAACGAAGAGGAAGACGAAACACGCGAUCCGACUGCGCGCCGCCAAAAGAGAUCGCGCCACCGGAUGUACCAGACUUUUGCGUCGCGGGAGUCGCUCGACUGGAGCGUCACAGAGCAGCACCGGAAGCGCAGAAGCAGGUUCGAGGCCCUGCGCACGUGGUGGACGGCCGAGGGCGGCGACCUCGAUCUGCUCAUGUUCCUAGGCCCAUCACCGCAGGACGUCCAGCGCCAGUACCACAUCGCCACAGGGCUGCCGGCUAUGGCUCCUCUCUUCGCGCUCGGGAAGCACCAGUGCAGAUGGAAUUACAACGACCAGGAAGACGUGCUGAGCGUGGACCGCGGCUUCGACACGCACAACAUCCCGUACGAUGUGAUCUGGAUAGACAUCGAGCACACGAUUGAAAAAAGGUACUUCACCUGGGAUCCGAAGACCUUCCCCUCACCGCAGCAGAUGAUUGAAGACAUCGCCGCCAAAGACCGCAAAGUGGUAACGAUCGUGGAUCCGCACAUCAAAGCUGUUCCAGACUACUACGUUUAUCGAGAAGCACUCGAAAACAACUUCCUCGUCAGAAACCCAGCAGGGGGCAUCUUCCACGGGCACUGCUGGCCAGGCGACUCGGCCUAUGCGGACUUCAUCAAUCCACACGUGCGGAAGUGGUGGCAGGGCCUGUUCAGCUACGAGCGAUACAAAUAUUCCACGCCAGACCUCUGGGUGUGGAACGACAUGAAUGAGCCUUCAGUCUUCAGCGGUCCCGAGCUCUCGAUGCCGAAAGACCUGCUCCACAUGGACGGGCGGCUUGAGCACCGUGAGAUUCACAACCUGUAUGGGCAUUACCAUCACCGGAGCACGUACGAGGGCUUGAUGACCCGCGGACAGGGCAAGCAGCGCCCCUUCGUCCUCACUAGAGCGACGUUCAUCGGCUCGCACCGCUUCGGCUUCGUCUGGACAGGCGACAACCGCGCAGAGUGGACGCAUCUCGCCGCAUCGAUUCCGAUGAUUCUCAGCGCCGCCGUCUGCGGCAUGUCUGCCGUCGGCGCCGACGUUGACGGCUUCUUUGCAGACACGUCGGAGGAGCUGCACAUCCGCUGGCAGCAGGCAGGCAUCUUUUACCCCUUUUAUCGCUCGCACGCGCACAUGGACACGAAGCGCCGCGAGCCAUGGCUUUUCAGUCAACAGGCAAUCGACAUCGUCCGCGAAGCAGUCCUCGUCCGCUACAAAAUGCUCCCCUUCUGGUACACGCUUUUCGCAGAGUACUCUCUGUACGGCGACCCUGUCGUCAGGCCGCUUUGGUGGCUCGACCCGCUGUCGCCACAGAUGCAACAGGAGCAGCAGUCGUUCCUCGUUGGGGCGGAACUUCUCGUUCACCCGAUCGUGCGUCCGAUGGAGGAAGACCAGAAAGACAGCUUCGAAAUCGACAUCGCCGUUCCCCGCGACGGCGGAAACGUGUGGAUCGACUUUUGGACAGGGCUGCCGUUCUUCCUUUCGAGCGCAGGCUUCGAAGCGACGUUCAAGUAUGGUGUCUCGCUGAGAACCAUUCCAGUUCUCGUCCGUGGAGGAUCGAUUCUCUUCACGAAGGAGCGCCUGAAGCGGUCAUCCACCAACAUGUACCAUUCCCCCUACACGGUUCACAUCUAUCCGUCUGCGCCUGAGGACGGCGAGUCGGCCGCCACCGCGUCUGGACGCCUGUACGUUGACGACUACAACUCGUUCGAGUAUCUGUCUGGGAAGUUCGUCUACGAGCGCUUCGUCUAUUACCCCGAGGCGAGCGAGGCGAGCCAAAAGAAGACGUGGAUUCUGCGCUCCCACGCGCUGCCGGUUCAAAGCCUCGACUCGAGAGAAGGGCCGAUGAACGGCACUUACAGGGACUUCCCCCACAGAGAAAUCGAGCGCAUCGUCCUCUGGUCGCUGCCGAGUCCACCCACGCGGGUGGCGACGCGUCGGGCGUCGCGGCCGCGCGUCGAGGAGGCCUCCGAGAAAGACGUCGAGAUGCAGCCCGAGCGUGAGGAGGAAGAACUUCUCUUCUCUGUCGAGGAGAUCUUCGCGCCGCUUCACCUCACGCAGAGCGACGUCUUGGAGGGGCAGACCUUCUACCGCGUCGAUGUGAAGCUGCCGAAAAUUGAGGUCGGCGCCAACGACUGGGAAGUUCUCUUCACGUUCUGA